CUCGACCCAUUAGAUGAGUCUGGCCGACACGCUUGCUACAUCCUACGCGAGCUGUCUGCUAUCACACAACCUUGGCCGUUAUGGCCGGCCGGCCACCUUACAACGAGAACCUUAUAGACUUCGAUGACCCUCAACCCUCAUACAACUCCGGCGCACGAGCGCCUGUAAAUGAUGACGAACUACAGCACCGAUAUGACACAAGCCAUACCAGCGGUCAACCCCAAGGUCGGCCGUCAGUAUCCUACGAUGAUUUCGUAGGCGGAGGCAGGCCAACGGGGGAUCUUCCAGGAGGUCCCGGGGCGCCACCAGUUGGGCAGGGACCAUACGCUGCAGGCGGUCAAAGGCUAUACUCACAAACCUCAGAUCUCAACAAUUAUCAAAGAUACUCCGACGCGGAUGUAGACGACGACCAUUCCAUGUAUUAUGGCACGACCACGAAUUUCGAGGGACCCCCGGCAGGACUCCGGCGAGCUGGCUCUCAAAAGAAUAACCGAAAUAGUAUCCUAAGUCUUGGAGGGGGCUUGACUGGGCGUGUUAAGAAUAUGCUAGGAAGAGGCCCCGAAUACUCGGAAAUGGAUCUGCCUCUGACGGACCAUGCGGCCCAGCAAAAUCGUCCAGAUAACAGCGGGAUGAGCGACUCAAAAGAGCCACCAAAGAAACGAAAUUCGGGAAAGUUCAAGUUCGGAUUUGGUCGAGGUGGUCCAGAUCCCUCAACACUUGGUCCACGAAUGAUACAUCUGAACAAUCCGCCCGCGAAUGCUGCCAACAAAUAUGUCGACAACCAUGUCUCAACAGCGAAAUACAAUGCCUUCACUUUCCUACCCAAGUUCCUGUUCGAACAGUUCUCGAAAUACGCCAAUCUGUUCUUCUUGUUUACUGCCAUUCUACAGCAGAUUCCCGGAAUUUCCCCUACGAAGCGUUAUACCACCAUUGUUCCUCUCGGUGUCGUGUUGCUAGUAUCGGCAGUAAAGGAGUUUGUGGAGGACUUUAGGCGAAAGAAGUCGGAUCAAAGUUUGAAUAACUCUCAGGCACAGGUCUUGAAAGGAUCUACGUUCACAGACACGAAAUGGAUUAAUGUUGCUGUCGGAGACAUUGUUCGUGUCCAAUCAGAGAGCCCGUUCCCAGCGGACCUUGUCUUGCUCGCCUCGUCUGAACCGGAGGGACUAUGUUACAUUGAGACCGCCAAUCUCGAUGGCGAGACAAACUUGAAGAUAAAACAAGCCAUCCCGGAGACAGCAGAGCUCGUCAGUCCGUCAGAACUAAGCCGCCUUGGAGGCAAAAUCCGAUCCGAGCAACCGAACAGCAGCCUUUACACCUACGAGGCAACCUUGACCAUGGCUGCUGGGGGCGGUGAACGGGAAUUGCCUCUAGCCCCAGAUCAGCUGCUCUUGCGUGGCGCAACACUUCGAAAUACUCCUUGGAUCCACGGUGUCGUAGUUUUCACUGGUCACGAAACGAAGCUUAUGAGAAAUGCUACUGCUGCUCCUAUCAAGACAACUGCCAUGGAGCGGAUGGUCAACAGACAGAUUCUUAUGCUCGUCGCCAUCUUGAUCGCACUCAGCAUUGUCAGUUCUGUGGGCGAUGUCAUCAUCAGUUCGACUCAACGAGACAAUCUUGAUUAUCUUCAGUUGGAGGCCUUCAAUGGUGCCAAGCAAUUCUUCCGAGAUCUGCUAACAUACUGGGUUCUGUACUCCAAUUUAGUCCCGAUCUCGCUCUUCGUUACCAUUGAAAUCGUCAAAUACUACACUGGCUCGUUGAUCGACUCUGACCUAGACAUCUACUACGAACCAACGGAUACACCUGCGAACUGCCGUACUUCGUCCUUGGUCGAGGAGCUGGGACAGAUCGAAUAUAUCUUUUCGGACAAGACCGGAACAUUGACUCAGAACAUCAUGGAAUUCAAACAGUCUUCGAUCGCUGGUAUUCAGUAUGCGGAUGAGAUUCCUGAGGACCGUAGGGCUACUUUCGAGGAUGGUGUCGCUGUUGGUAUUCACGACUUCAAGCAACUGGAGGAGAACCGAAAAACACACCGCGACAGAGACAUCAUAAGACACUUCCUGACUCUACUCUCUACCUGCCACACAGUCAUCCCAGAAAGGACCAGUGAAAAGGCCGCCAUCAAAUAUCAGGCAGCUUCUCCAGAUGAGGGUGCAUUGGUGGAAGGCGCUGUACAACUCGGCUACAAAUUUAUUGCUAGAAAACCUCGGUCUGUCACGAUCCUCGUCGAUGAAAAGGAACAGCAAGAGUAUGAGUUGUUAGCAGUUUGCGAGUUCAAUUCCACGAGGAAGAGAAUGUCGACCAUCUUCCGUACCCCAGAGGGCAAGAUCGUCUGCUAUUGUAAAGGUGCAGAUACCGUCAUCCUGGAGCGACUUGGAAAAGACAACCCAUACACAGAAACCACGCUUACACAUCUGGAGGAAUAUGCCGCGGAGGGUCUACGUACACUAUGUUUGGCUAUGAGGGAGAUUCCCGAGAACGAGUUCCAGGAGUGGUGGAGCGUUUUCAACGCUGCCCAGACGACUGUGGGUGGCAACCGUGCUGACGAACUGGACAAAGCUGCUGAGUUGAUCGAACAUGAUUUUACUCUUUUGGGCGCAACAGCCAUCGAAGACAAACUUCAGGAUGGUGUGCCCGAUACGAUUGCGACUCUGCAGUCUGCAGGCAUCAAGAUUUGGGUUCUCACUGGUGAUCGCCAAGAAACUGCCAUCAACAUCGGCAUGAGCUGCAAAUUAAUCAGUGAAGACAUGAGUCUUCUCAUUGUCAACGAGGAAAAUAAAGAGGACACGAGAGACAACAUUCACAAGAAGCUUAACGCUAUCAACAGUCAAAGUCAAGGUGGUGCAGAGAUGGAUGUCCUUGCUCUCGUUAUCGACGGAAAAUCUCUCACUUACGCGCUCGAAAAAGAUCUCGAAGAGAGCUUCUUGCAGCUUGCGAUCAAAUGCAAAGCUGUCAUUUGUUGUCGUGUAUCUCCGUUACAGAAAGCUCUAGUCGUCAAGCUGGUCAAACGCCAUCUGAAAGCUAUUCUCCUUGCCAUCGGUGAUGGUGCAAAUGAUGUUUCAAUGAUUCAGGCCGCCCACGUUGGAGUCGGUAUCAGCGGUGUCGAAGGUCUCCAAGCCGCCCGAAGUGCUGAUAUCGCCAUUGGUCAAUUCCGAUACCUUCGCAAGUUGCUCCUGGUCCAUGGUGCCUGGAGCUACCAGAGAAUCAGUAAAGUCAUCUUGUACUCGUUCUACAAGAAUAUUGCACUCUUUAUGACACAGUUCUGGUAUUCUUUCCAAAACGCUUUCUCUGGACAAAUUAUCUACGAAUCUUGGACGUUGACCUUCUACAAUGUCUUCUUUACCGCUGCACCGCCAUUCGUUCUUGGUGUGUUCGACCAAUUCGUCAGCGCUCGACUUCUCGAUCGUUACCCUCAGCUCUAUCAGCUAAGCCAGUCUGGCGUUUUCUUCCGGAUGCACUCGUUUUGGUCCUGGAUUGCCAACGGAUUCUAUCAUUCGCUGAUUCUGUACUUUGCAUCGCAAGCUUUCAUGCUGUGGGAUUGGCCCCAAUGGGAUGGUCGCAAUGCCGGUCAUUGGGCCUGGGGAACCAGUCUUUACACCGCGGCUUUGGCGACAGUGCUCGGCAAGGCGGCUCUCAUCACCAACAUCUGGACGAAGUACGCUUUCCUCGCUAUUCCAGGAUCCAUGGCGCUAUGGUUCAUCCUAUUCCCAAUCUACGCGACCGUGGCUCCAAUGGUCAAUGUCUCCCCCGAGUAUCGUGGCGUAAUCCAGAGAGUCUUCCCGGAUCCAAGGUUCUGGGCUCAAUUGCUCAUUCUACCCGCACUUUGCCUGGUCCGCGACUAUGCAUGGAAAUACUACAAGCGAAUGUAUCGACCGCAAAGCUACCACCACGUCCAGGAGAUCCAGAAAUACAACAUCCAGGAUUACCGCCCCAGGUAUGUAUAUAAUGAGUUAGAUUUCAGACACACGAGCUAACCCAUACUCACAGAAUGGAACAAUUUCAAAAAGCCAUCCGCAAGGUCCGUCAAGUCCAGCGUAUGCGCAAGCAGCGCGGCUAUGCCUUCUCCCAAACCGACGAGUCACAAGCUCGCGUCCUGCAAGCAUACGACACGACGAGAGAACGUGGCCGGUACGGAGAGAUGGCCAGUUCGAGGA